CUCCCUGCAUCAACGGGUUCGUAUUAUUUCACCAUCAUCAAUCACAGAAUCUGCUUCGUAUUAUUUCACUAUCAUCAAUCACGAAAUCUGCUUCUGUUCACAACGAACUCAUCCAAAAGUAUCUAGUUUGCAAUGAGUAAUUCAAGGGCAAAUUUCACCGUGGAUGUUGUUACCGUACUUCUGGAAAUCUUGCCCGAAUAUGUCUCUCCUGGUGGGAGAACUAAUUGGGACCGUGUUGCAACUACAUUAAACACCCGAACAAGAAAGUGCAUUACAGCAAUUUCCAUAAAGAAUUGGUUUACCAAUAUGAAAGAAAAACACAAGGCUUGGAAUGAACUAAAGAAAUGGACUGGUAUCGGAUGGAGCGAAGAUGGUUGUCCUGUUGUUGAUACGGAAAGUGAAAAAUGGAAGGGUUUUGUUAAGCGCUACAAAUCUAUAGCAACUGUGUUUCUUAAGAAGCCAUUACAGAAUGAGGCUGAAUGGGAUAAAAUUUUGCGUAGUGGUUAUGCAACGGGUGAUAGAUCUUAUACACCAGCAUCUACAGUCAAAGGAAAGGAAGUAAUUGCUAUUGAAGCUGAAGGUUCUUGUAACUCUAAAGACACUCCACCUAAUGAUAUUCAAACCCCCAAUAAUGAAAGCAAGUCUCCCAUUAUCUCUAUUGAUAUUAAAAAGCGUAAAAGCAGUGAGACUAGUAACAUGCCCAAGAAAAGUACAAGGGCUGAUGAUAUUGAUACAUGUCUUGAUAUUCUGAGGAAAUCGUCUGUGAGUCAACCUCCUAAACCCAUAAAUAGAUUUGAUGAAGUUUAUGAUAUCUUGGAGUCCAUGAGGAUUGCUGAAAAGUAUGGGGAUGAAUUUGUUGUGGAUAUUCUUGAUAGCUUUCGCAGUACUCUGGGUGCCAUCGAUCUUUUCAUCUCCUUGCGUAGUGAUAGAGGCAGACUUCAUUUCUUGAGGAAGCAUUGUGCACUUUCAGAUGAUGUCUAUAGGUCAGAUAUGUCUAUAGAUAAUGAUAAUAUGUUAUAUGACUAAGAUGGUUGCGAAGGAUGUUCUAGUUAAAAUUGCGUGAUUUUAUGUUAGAGUGCUUUUAAGUUAGUGAUUUUAUGUUUAAGUCUAUUUUAUGAGCUGAACUUAAUUAUUA